GAGAGACCCGUGUAGGAAAGGGGCGGUGGCGGCGGGGACUCCGGAAGCCCGCCUUUCACCCGGAAAUGGUUGCUGAGGAACAUGGCGUUGCUGGUGCGAGUCCUUAGGAAUCAGACUAGCAUCUGCCAGUGGAUUCCAGUAUGCAGCCAGUUGGUACCUGUGUCUCUCACUCAAAGACAGUGGGGCAGAACUCUGUCUGGCCUUUCCCAGCACCCCCAGAUGAGCCAGUCCCGAGGAUGUGAUGGGUCAGUGCAGAUUCCUGGAGUGCAUGUACAGCUGAGUGGAAAGUAUCACACCACAAAUAAGCUUUCUACUACAAAGGAUUCACCACAACCGGAUGAAGAGAAAGUUGGUGCCUUUACAAAGAUAAUUGAAGCUAUGGGAUUCACAGGACCUUUGAAAUACAGUAAAUGGAAGAUUAAGAUUGCAGCCCUGCGCAUGUACACUAGCUGUGUGGAGAAAACUGACUUCGAGGAGUUCUUUCUAAGGUGUCAGAUGCCAGAUACAUUCAACUCAUGGUUUCUUAUAACCUUACUCCACGUAUGGAUGUGUCUAGUCCGAAUGAAGCAGGAAGGCCGGAGUGGGAAAUACAUGUGUCGUAUCAUAGUUCAUUUUAUGUGGGAGGAUGUUGAGCAGCGUGGCCGAGUCAUGGGGGUUAACCCCUAUAUCCUGAAGAAGAACAUGAUCCUGAUGACAAAUAAUUUUUAUGCCGCAAUCUUGGGAUAUGAUGAGGGGAUCCUUUCAGAUGACCGUGGGCUGGCAGCUGCUCUCUGGAGAACCUUCUUCAACCAGAAGUGUGAAGAUCCUCGGCAGCUUGAACUGCUGGUGGAGUAUGUGAGGAAACAGAUGCAGUACCUGGACUCCAUGAGCGGGGAGGACCUGCUGCUAACAGGAGAGGUGAGCUGGCGCCCUCUAGUGGAGAAGAAUCCUCAGAGCAUCCUGAAGCCCGUAGCGCCUACCUACAACGACGAGGGCCUUUGACACGCUGCCCCCUCCAGUUGUUCAGCCAGCUGGCGUUGAGGAGCUGCCAGAAGAGAAGUGCCUGUGUGUCCCAGGACCUGCAGAGAGAGGCCUGAACUGACCUGUGUACAGCCCCUGUCGCAUACCUGUCCCCAUUUAUGUUUUCUCUCGUGCUCAGGAGUCUGUUCUGGUAGGAUAAAGUGCUGGGAGAAUGCCUUGCUUUUCCUUGGGAGAGGCUCUAGGCCAGAGCUCUCCAAGUUCUUGGUAGCAGCUGCAUGUGACUGACAAUGUUUUCCAAAAGCUGAGGAAAGGAUGGGUAGAUUCAAAGGGGAACACCCCACUGAGGGCCUGCCGUGGCCUAGUAGCAGUUGGUAACACAGUCAACUCUAAUCCGGCAGCGAGCCUCUGUCUACUGGCUCUGGGCUACCGGGCAGAGUUGGACAUGAAAAGAAGCAGAGCCUUAUCUCUGCCAGCCUCUUUUUUAUGUCUUUUAGAAACUUUCUGGGUCUUUUAGAAACUUUUCAAAUGGUAAAUGCAGCACGCUAACCCUGUGCAGCUUGAGGGGAGAGGUCGGGCGUGCCAGCCUCUAGGACGCAGGAGGCCUCUGAGGGCUGCAGGGCUUGUCCCAUCCCACGUCAUUUGCAGGAGGCCUCCAGAACAAAGGUCCCUUUGUCAUCCCCACGAACUGGGUAAAGAGCGUGCCGCCUUCCCUGUCAGGGCCUCCCCUCCUGGGAGAAGCAGUCCUUGGUCCUGGCUGAGUCGUGUCCCUUCCCAACUCCUGGCACAUGUGCUGCAGGGCCAGGAUGGUGCAGUGCUUGCGUGCCAGUCCCCUCCUCCCUCCCUCUGGAGUGAGGGUCACGUCUUGGGGGACUUUCUUACACUGAAGAAAGGGGCGGGGAACCAUAUUGCCCCUCCUUCCCCCGUCCAACUUCCUUCAUUUAACUUGCUAUAAAAUGAGUCAUAUAAAGAAACUCUAUAUGGGUGAGGUAUGUCCCACUUCUGUGAAAACAUUACAAAUCAUCCCGCCUUCUCUGAGUUUAUUUAAGAAGCUUUUGUUGCACGCAGAGCCCUAGAGUGAAGCCCCUGUGUGUGUGAGAUAAUAACACCUUGUAACUCAUUACAGCUGGGCACUAUUUACAGAAACCAGAGCUGAGCCAGGCAGGAAUUUGCUGAUUAAUUUAUUUUUAAUGGAGUGAAGUAUACCAUGCACCAAAAUAAACUUUACUGUGUGUACCUAACUACUCCUGGAAUGGAUGGAAAAAUUAAUGGAACAGAUUUUGGCUCCCAACUCUGCACAUUAAUUCAUAUAUAAAAGUUAUUUGAGCAUUAACCCAUUUGCUGCCCAGGGCAGCUCCCUAGCCACAGAUUCCAGCCCACAGCCCCUGCCAUUCCCCCUCCAAGUCCAGCUUCCUGGCUUGCAGGGGAAUCCUGGAACCUUGGAUGUGGAUGUGAUUGUAACAGUCAUCAGGUCCGGUCCUGGUCCAGAGCCUCAUGCCCCUUCUUAUUCGGCCCCCGGGAGUGGGGACCCUUGGUGGAUAGCUUCAGCUACACACAGGUGACCCACGCAUGCAAGCCCGUCUGCAUUGUUCCAUCCUCCUCAAACAGGGUAAGUCUGAGUUACACAGUAGCUGUGUGGCAGAGAGCCACACUGGGUCUGCAGUGUUUGCGUGUCCCAUAGCCCCGCCCCCUGCCCCCAGCUGUCAGCAUCUUCCGCUGACUCUGCUAGGCUCUCCCCAUCAAGAUACUGUCCAUGUCCCUUAAACACUGCCAGGCUCUUAGUGGGCUCCCCCACCUUUGUUCCCAUUGCUAUUCGGAGGCCAAGAUCCUUGAGUUUACUUGGAUAGACUCUGUCUCCUGUGCUUGCAGCCUGCAUCCCUCCUUUUCUAACUGAUUCCGCCGCUAGCUCCUUUCCAGCCCAGGCCCACGGCACAUGGUACUGCUCACAGGGACCCGUGAGCUGCAGCCAUUCCAUGGGGAUGUGCGUGUGUGUGUGCUGCUGGCCACUUGUGUUUUUCCAGUGUUCAGCACAAGUGCUGGGCUGAUCUACAUCAGCGUGGUCUUUGAUAAGUGAAGCAACCAAUGAAUGACUCAAUCUCCUGCCAUCAGCAACAGCUCAAAAACCAAAGCCCCUUCCUGGGCUCUCCCCACAGUUCAGCAGAUGCUGACAGUGAGGCUUAGAUCUAAGUACUUUUCCGUGUGUGUGUGUAUAAAAAUCUAUGCAUUUGUUGA